AUGCGUGACUUCAGAAGUCUUGCGAAUGCUUCAUUUUUUUCUUCAGACAUUUUUUUCUUUCAUUUGAUUUUUCUUCGAUUCUUUCAUGCUUUAUUUUUCUCUGUCCCUCUAUUCCCAUCAGCUUUCCGAUCAUCGACUGUCAAUCUUUCUUUCUGUUUUCUUUGGUGGGUUUCAUAUUGUGUUUAUCAUAUAUUCUUCCUGUUUUAUAUUUUUCAGUUUUCCUUCUUUGAUCAUUUAUUUAACGUUGUUUAUUUUCUUUUCUUUCAUUUAUCAUUUUACAGUUUAUGCCUAUCAACCUCUUUCUUUCUUUUUAUUAUUUUUACAGUCGACAUUUAUCUUUUUUCUGUCUUUUUUACCAUUUCUCUCUAUAUUUCUUUCUUCUUUUUUUUUCUUUUUAUACAUCCAAAUAUCUUUUUGUUUCAUUCAUUUUUCUCUUCCUUCUUUUUUUUCAUUUAUCUACCCAUCCAUCCAACCGACCAUCUAUCAAUAACACCCAUUCUUUCUUUCUUUCUUUCUUUCUUUCUUUCUUUCUUUCUUUCUUUCUUUCUUUCUCAUCUUACAGUCUAUAUAUAUUUCUUUCUUUCUUUUUCUUUCUUUCUUUACUUUUCUAUCAUCUUACAGUCUAUAUAUCUCUUCUUUCUUUCUUUCUUUCUUUCUUUACAUUUUUAUUAUUUUACAGUCUAUAUAUAUAUAUUUCUUUCUUUCUUUCUUUCUUUCUUUCUUUACUUUUUUAUCAUUUUACAGUCUAUAUAUAUUUCUUUCUUUCUUUUUUCUUUCUUUCUUUCUUUUUUCUUUCUUUCUUUCUUUACCUUUCCCUCAUCUUACAGUCUAUUUAUACUUCUUUCUUCCCUUACUUUUCUAUCAUCUUACAGUCUAUAUAUCUCUUCUUUCUUUACUUUACUUUUUAUCAUCUUACAGUCUAUAUAUAUCUCCCAUUUCUUUCUUUUAUUAUUAUUUUUACAGCAUAUAUUUAUAUAUUUCUUUCCUUCUUUCUUCCUUCUUUUUUUUCUUAUAUCAUUGUUUUUAAAGCCUAAAUUUUUUCUCUCUCUUCUUUCUUUACUUUGUCAUAUAAGCUUUCUUUAUAAUAAUCAUUUUCUAUUUGUCCCUCUACUUUUCUAUCAUUCAUCACGCCUAUCACUCGGAGUGUUCGGAAUACUUCCGGAUCUAUCUAUCUAUCUAUCUAUCUAUCUAUCUAUCUAUCUAUCUUAG